GUAUUCGAUACUUAAAUCAAUACUUAGUUGUACGAUGGGGCGAACUAGAAUAGUUCCUACUUAUGGAAGUGUGACGCAAUUGUCCGCGGUCACGAGAGACAUUCGCGAUCGGCCGCGAGAGAUCGAGAUGGGCAAGCCGAGCCAUACGGAACAAUUGACUAGCUGGAUCACUAACGUGCGUCAGAAGAAGCUAAAGUGCCAUAGGAGCCCCAAACGCGAUUUCCAUAUGGAAGCCGUGUUGACUCACGCCCUACACAAGGCAGAAUACGAGUUGCGGGUUAAGCAGUUAUCAAGGAUAGCCCGUUGGCAGCAUUUGCGAAAGCAUCUCCUCAAGGACGUGGAGUACGGCAGCUGCGGCCUGUAUAAUACGACUGAACGAGAAUUCGAGAGAUGUGGCCAUCAUCCUGACUCGAGGAAUAUCAAUUUCUGGCGGGAUAACUUGUGCGAAGAUCUUAGCAGCAUAGUGGACUUCCUUCAGCAGCUGAGUACAAUCAAAUCGUCCGUGCAGCGGUGACUAGGCCUGGAGAGUACAUGGUCUUGUUUCCACGGAUAAUGAUCAAAACAUUGUAUUUUUGUGAAGAUGUGAAAAUCUGCAAAAAAACUCUUGAUCAUAUUUUCAAGCUCAUCCAAGUAGUUGUUUGAGUGAAAGGGCCAUGUCAGUAAAUGUUCCGCAUUAACUCCCAAUAAAAGAGUGCGUUUAAUCAACUACAACACUCUAUACAAUAAAUGCCGAUAUGACGAUCUAUGGAUGGAUGUCUCGAUGUCUAUUUUCUGCUUGUUUUUUCUCUGCCUCACUGAAACAGAACAGGAAAUAUUUGACUUACGAACCAAUCUAUUCUAGUAUGGAGCUAUGUUCCAAUAUCAGCAAGCAACCUCGAUGUAUCCAGAAGAUGCCAAAUAAUCCUGCAGCGUUACGGCAAUUUUUUGCAGUCUCAUCGUUACUAGUAUAUAUCUAGAUAUUUUUUAC